CCUAAGGGUUGUAAGAACAGUUAUCAUAAUUAUUUUAGGCUCAAAAUGUUAAAGUAUCCAAAUAUAGCAGUUUUUGGCAAGUUUUUUCAAGUGCUUGCCGAGUGUUACCAAUUUGAACAUUAAACUGGUAUGCAUCCCAAGAUUAUUUGCACAUUUAAACAUAAAAAUUAAGGCCAGCAGGAUUUUGAUAAGCUAAAUGAAUGACAGUCGCUAGACAACUCUCAGCAGCAAUCGGCAGAUUUUUGACAAGUUUAGAGAUCUUCGCAGUAGCUACCCUCGUAGCAGUAGCUAACGCUGGUCUGUUCGACUUCGCCUCCCACAAUGCCCCAGUAUCUCAUGUAUCAUCUCAUUCGAGCCACGUAGCCCAUGCAGCUCCAGUACACCACGGUUACGCUGCCCCCAUCGCUCAUCAUGGAUACGCUGCUCCAGUGUCUCACCACAGCUAUGCCGCCCCAGCUGUCCACGCCUAUGCCGCUCCAGCUGUACACUCUUAUGCUGGCCCAGCUGUCCACUCUUAUGCCGCCCCAGCUGUCCACUCUUAUGCCGCCGCCCCAGUUGCCCACCAUGCGUACGCUGCUCCUGCCUUCAUCAAUUCUGCUCACCAUGCUGAAGACUUCAACGCUCACCCCAAAUACGAAUACAACUACGGAGUCGAAGAUGGCCACACUGGUGACCACAAAUCCCAACACGAAACCCGUGAUGGUGACGUAGUUAAGGGAUACUACACCGUUGGAGAACCCGAUGGUACCCUCAGAACCGUCCACUACACCGCUGAUGACCACAACGGUUUCAACGCAGUCGUAGAAAAAUCUGGACACCCCGUACACCCAGCUCCAGCCCCAGCUCAUCAUCAUGCCCCAUUAUACCAUCAUUAGGGUCUUUAUUGCCAUUGAAAAUGUUAUUUAUUUGUUGGAAAUGAAUUGUGUAUAG